AUGCAGUUCUUCAUCACCAUCCUCUCCCUGGCUGUCGCCGUCUCCGCUGUUCCCCAAGGCAACGGCAACGGAAACACCAUCUGCAAGGGUGGAAACGAGAGGGCAGUCUGCUGCGCUUCCAAGGAUGCGCUCGUCGGCGCCCUUGAGUGCGUCACUCUCCCUAUCAGCGUCCAGCAGCCCGGCUGCGAUGGCAGCAUCCGCUGCUGCGACAUCGGUGACCAAAAGGAUGGUAUCGUCAACGUCAACGCCCUCAACUGCGCCAGCGUCGCAUAA